AUGGAAGCCAAAAAAUGUUGUGUUUUGCUCUGCCAAUUUCUUUUGUUCAUUAAUGUCGUGCUUUUCGAGGGAAUCACUGUUGAAGCCCGUGGUUGGCUUCAUGCUCGUGCAACAUUUUAUGGAAUUAAUCAAGAUCCCAGCACCCUUGGUGGAGCUUGCGGGUAUGAGAACACAUAUCAGGCAGGUUUUGGUGUGUACACAACAGCUUUAAGUGGUGCACUCUUCAGAGGUGGCGAGGCAUGUGGUGCUUGUUACCAAGUUAUGUGCAACUCCAGGCUCGAUCGGAGGUGGUGCCUUCCUCGUGCUUCCGUCACCGUCACCACCACCAACUUCUGCCCUCCAAACCACCACGGCGGCUGGUGUGAUCCUCCCCGCCACCACUUUGACAUGUCCAUGCCUGCCUUCCUGCGGAUAGCGCGACAAGGCAACGAAGGCAUUGUUCCAGUUCUUUAUAGAAGGGUGUCUUGUAGGAGGAGUGGUGGAGUUCGUUUCACAUUGAAGGGGCAAUCAAAUUUCAACAUGGUGAUGAUUUCAAACGUGGGCGGAGGCGGUGACAUCAAGAGUGUAUGGAUCAGGGGAUCAGGAACAAGAACAUGGGCGGCCAUGCACAGGAAUUGGGGUGCAAACUGGCAAAUCAGCGUAGACGUUCGAGGCCAGACGAUUUCUUUCAGAGUCACGUUAGUCAAUGGAAGAACGCUGGAGUUCUUCAACGUUGUCCCCUCAUCAUGGCAAUUUGGACAGACUUACGCCGCUCGGAAUCAGUUCAUUUGA